AUGACUCCCACUGCACAGGUAGGGGGUUUCAGUGAGCAAUCCUCUGAUGUUGUCAACCUGGCUUCCCCAACCUUCCGCGCAGCUGCGCAAUCUGUAAACAGCAAAGCUCCCAGAGAGCGUGCUGUCAUCAAGUCCUUCACCAGGACACCCAAUUCUGAAGAUGCAGACUCCUUUGGCUUCAUGACCCCUGGAGUGACAGCCACUCCUGCAUCGGCCAGCUUCCAGCAGGCCACUCCUGAACAGGAGGUGCAGGACAUCUGGCAGCCAGCCUUUGAUAAUGCUGGUGCCUCAGCGCAUCAAGCUGCGGAUGCUGAGUCAUACAUGAUGGGCCAACGCGCGGCGCUGAUGGACGCAUUCAAAUUGGCGCUACCUGGGCAGUCGCAGCUGGGCGGUAUGGUGAGAGACCUGCAUCGGCUGCAAUCGCAGGUGGAUGAGGAGCGGCUGCAUGCGCGCCAUGCAGAGAGCAGCCUCGCAGAAGUGGCCACCAAAGUACAGGGCCUGGCGGACCGAUUCACAACCCUGGAAACUCAUCGGCUGCCAGACAUGGACAACAGAAUCGAGCGUGCCAGCACAGCCCUCAUCUCACAGGCGCGCAUCUCCGAGUUCCAUGCGACACUGGACAUGAUGAACGACGCACUUGCGCGCAUCUCAGAGCGCAAAGAAUCACCCGGCGGUUAUAUUUUCGGGGGCGGCGGCGGAGGCAACGCCGCGGGAGGGGGCGGCCUGUCAAGCAGCCUGAUCUGGCUGCUGCAAACUGCGGCCGGCUACGCGCGGCGUUCCCUGUCGCAGGCUGACGUGGCGGCCGUCUUCCUGUCCCGGCGCAUCCUGCUCGACCGCGCCGCGCUGCAGGGGUCUGGCAUGCCGCGUGAGGCUGCAGCGGAAGGCAACGCCCUGGGACUGAGGCUCAGAGCAGCGGCGCGGCCGGCGCUGGGCUCCGCGGCGUUCCUGGCCGCGGUGGAAGCCGCCUGGCAGCUGCACGAGCGGUGGUCAGGCCUGCUGCCGCGGCAGCUGCGAGCGGCGACGGCUCCGGCCGCGCUCGGCAUUCGCGCGGUGCGCGGCGCCACGUGGGCUGCAGCCAUUCUGCUGACGGCCGUGGCCGCUCGCGAGUCGGCCUUUUCUCUUGUGGACGCCGGCUUCAGCGCGGCGCAGCGGUGCCAAGCGAGCUUGAUCACAGUCAUUCCCAGGAGCGGCUACCUGGUCUGGGGAAGCAGCACUGUCAGCAGCGCGGCAGCAGAUGACAUCAGCAAGGCAGAAGGGAACGCUGAGACCGCCGUGGUCGCCGACAGCGCCUGCCGCAUCGGCAGCGCGGCGGCCGAGGAUGCAAUGGAGAAAGGGUUAAGCCCCUUUGCUGGAAAGGGUUAG